UGCUGCAUCUAACAAUGCCGCAAUUCAACUCAUCAAACAGCUCGCUCAAUGCUCCUGUCUCAUCUGAAAACCUGAUUGCCAGUAGUGUGCUGGCAAUUUGCUUCAUACUGGGAGUUCCUGGUAAUAUCGUUGUAGUGGUACGUCUUGCUGGAUGGCUGAAAGGAGGUAGUUUUACCCCAAGACUGAUGCUAAGCCUGGCCGUAUCCGAUCUGCUCACUCUGCUUUCUCUGCCAGUUUGGAUUUGGUCUCUUCUGCAUGGCUGGGUCUUUGGCUUGUUCCUUUGUAAGUUCCUUUCCUAUUUGGUGUACUUAAGCCUGUACUGUAGCAUACUGUGUGUGAUAUUGAUGAGUGUCCAGCGAUACAUGCAAGUGCUAUAUCCUGAAAAAUGGAAGAAGCUUGGCAGAAAAGGAAAGAAAAUCCUUUUGAGUUGGAUAUGGAUCCUAAGUGGAAUAUUAUCAUCCUAUGCUCUUGUACAGCGUACUUUGGCCUUGGACAGGGAAGGGAGGCUUCAGUGCAAGAGAUGCUAUUGGAAUAACAUUGAAAAAGUGGCUACAUUAAUUUGGGAGAUUGUAAUAUUUGUGGUUUCAUUCUCUAUAAUAGCUUAUUUCUACUUUCACCUUUAUCGGGGAGUUAAUAACUCAACUUUGUUUAGGAGCAACCUAAUGACAAAACUUGUGACCAGAAUUGUGGCAUGUUUCUUUAUCUUUUGGAUUCCAUUUCACAUCAACAAUGUUGUGCUCAUCAUUGCUGUGUUACUUGGAAAUGAUAAUCUGUUAAAAUCUGCAGAAGCAGGAGAUAAUAUUGCUGCAGCUCUGACUUUUAUUAAUAGUUGUGUAAAUCCCUUCCUUUAUGCCUUCUCUGCUCGGGCUCUACGACAUCAAACAGCUGGAACAGAAAAUACUUCAUGAAACCAGGUUUGAGAGAGUUUAUAGAUUUUUAAUGAAAGUCAGUGACGUGGUAAAGCUUAUUAAUAUGGAUCUAAACCUACUUAUUUAUGCAGCCUGACUUUUCAUUAAGCAUUUUGUUUGACGACUGGACAAAAAAUAAAAAUAAAUGAAGAAAUAUUAUUUUGUGACAUGACAAUAUAUCUCAUGAUGAAAGCUGUUCAUCAGUUGAUCUUUCUAAAUAAUAGGUUCUUGAAUGAUCAAAUACAAAAGCUAGAUUUGUGUUAGCUUUUUAUUCCACAAUAACUUUCUGAAAUGGAUCUAUGAUGCCAUGAAUUAAAUUUUUUCUAUACAUUGAAAAACACAGACACCGACAUUUCUGCCUACUUAAAAUUGAGAACUUGGGAUUCAGGGUCUAAACAGCAUCUAACAAUUAAGUACCUGGUUGAAAUUAAAGUGUUUCUACUGAAAGUCUGUAGUGGUCAUCAGAUGGAAGAAAUGAGGUUUAAAGUUUAUGGAUUUUAAAGUUUGUGGAUUUGUACAAGUUAUUUUUUUAAAGCAUGGAAAUAUGAACCUAAAUUAAAUUCUGCUUAUUACUGCUGCCUGUUAUCAAUUAACUUUUAUUUGUAUUUUAUUUUAUUUGAAUAAGUAAUUUUUUGACAUGACAAUACAGUAAUAAUAAUAAAUACUGUUCAAUGAAAAAAAGCUGUUUUUUUAACAGUUUUAUAGGUUGUAAAUAACCUACAAAAUUGCAAAAAAUGUGUCAUGCAGGUUAUUUCUUGCUCAAUUAGAAUUUAAUAGUUAUUAAACAA